AUGUCUAAUACUAUAAGAAUUUCUGCUGAAGAUGCUGCGGCUAUAGAUGAGUAUGUUCUUUAUCAACGAAUUGUCGGAGAUGAUGACAACGGGCAUCCAUUUACACCGGCUCAAUUUGAGGCUUAUAAGCAACGUGUCUUUCCUAUGAGGUUGAAAAAUAGGGUUUAUAUUUGUUGGACUAAUCCUAGGGGGUUGGACUGCAUGCUAAUUGGGCCAGAGUCUCAAUGUUUUUGCACGCAUAGAUAUCGUCAACACAAAACUGACUUCCCCUUCAUUCCACCCGAAAGACCGAUCCCUCAACCUUGUUCAAAAUGUAGUUGUCAAACCUUUCAUUACAUGCCAAGGAUCAUCGGCGGGUCACCUAGAUGCCACUGCAAACAUGAGGCAACUGAACACAAAGUCAUCAAACCGUAUUUGUGUACCCGAUCAAAUUGCCAAUGCACAGGAUUCAAAACCAGUGCCACGUGUGAUUGUGGAUUUUCUGCUCAUGAACAUACUACUAUGUCAGAAACAGCUGAGGAAAGGAGAGCUCGAGGUCGACCCAUUGGUCAGCCCUGUAUAUUUCAAGCAAUGGGAGGUCUGACGGGAUUCAGUUCACUUUUGCCAGGAAUGGCUCGAAUGGAUUCUAGUGGUGCAGGCGGUACUCUUUCAGAGGAGGAGUUGAAUGCUCCCAUCAGUGCAAAUGACCAUCCAUUUUUACGCGCUCAUGCUGGCCUUAUUGAGGCGUUUGAAAGAUCACAGAGGAAAACCGAAGGUUAG